AUGUCAAAAAAUAAUAAAUUAAUAAAUGUGGCUAAAUACUUAAGAAGGUUCUUUUAUAAAGUUCAGAAUUUCAUUGAAUAUAGAAUGUUAGUGAAUUAGAAACAUAUAUUAUUUGUUGGAGGGAAUCAAAACCCAUUGACACCCAUGUUAUAUUAAUAAUUUUAUUAAAACUGGCAAAUUGGACAUUUGGGUUUAUAAUAUGAAUUACCUAUGAAACCUAAUUUCUUAGUUAAUUAGGAAGAUGAUUUAUAGAAAUUGGUUGAAUAAGCCAAAACACAUAGUAAUCAUUAUGAUGCAAUCAUUAUUUUGGAAGACAUUAAUAAGUAGAUGAAUUUUAUAUGUAUAAUCUCUAUAAAGUUGAAGUCAACAGAGCUUUAAUAGCAUCUCAUUUAGCAACAAAAAUACUUGCAUCAAAUGGGAUGCUUUGUUAUACUGUAGAUUCAAAAAGUUAUGUUGAAUCAAAAUUACCAUCUCAAUAGCCAACAGUAAAAGUAAUGAAGGAUUGUUAGAUUGCACAUUUAUGCACUAAUUUAGGUUAGAGAGAUGAUUUAGAAACUGAUUCUCUUGGUGUUGGAGCUUUAAUCGAUGAUAAUAAAUUACAUGAUAUUGUUAAAUAUUUAAAACUAUGGGCUGAUGGAAUUAAAAGACCAGCAAAUGAAACAUUUGCUCAUUUUUAAUAUAGUACACAUUCUACACCUAUUGUUUAUCCUGAGUUAUUAUGA